UGCUAAGCAGGAAAAUGAGCCUGAUGUCUUGGCGUGAGCUUCUUCCCCCUUCCCUGGUGAUUUUAGCUGGGCUGAUUGGGAUCCUGCUGCUUUGUGUCACCACUAAAGAUGUGCAGAACCCCCCCAGGCGCAAGUAUGGCAUCGUGCUGGAUGCUGGCCCUUCUCGCACUACCCUGUUCAUAUACCAGUGGUCAGCCAGCAAAGAGAACAAUACUGGGGUGAUCAGUGAACAUAGCUCCUGUGCUGUGCAAGGUCCUGGAAUCUCCAACUACUCCGGAUCCCCGGGGGAAGCUGGGAACAGCUUAAAGCCAUGCCUCGGCCAGGCAAUGAAGGAAAUCCCUGAAGAACAGCAUGACCAAACCCCUAUCUAUUUGGGAGCAACUGCUGGCAUGAAGCUGCUGAACCUCACCGGUCCCACUAUGUCAGAUACUCUGCUUGCCGCUAUAACUGCCACGCUGAAGUCGUACCCCUUUGACUUUCAGGGGGCAGAAAUCCUGUCCAGUCAAAACGAGGGGGUGUUUGGCUGGGUCACUGUUAACUAUCUUCUGGAGAACUUCAUCAAGUAUGGCUGGAUUGGGCGGUGGAGUCGCUCCAGGAAGGGAACAGUUGGAGUCAUGACCAUAGGAAAAGCCUCAACCCAGAUCACUUUCAAGAUCAAAGAAAGGAGCACAGAUCCCAAGAAUGAAGUGACGCUGUGGCUGUACGGGCAAGAGCAUAGGGUCUGCACCCACCGCUUCCUGUGCUAUGGCACAGACCAGCUCCGCAAGAGGCUGCUGUUGAAAACCAUACAGGACCAUGGCUAUGUGAGAGAUGUGUCUAAUCCCUGCUGGCCUCUCCCCUAUUCCCGGGUGGUUCGGUUCGGUUCUGUGCAUGACGGGCCCUGCACUGGAAGUAACGUCUCUUUAAGGACACCUACCUCUGAAGAUGUUUUUCAUGUAACUGGCUCCAGCAACUCUUCUGCCUGCAGGAAACUCAUGGGAAGUUUGUUCGGCGGCUUCUCACAGUGUUCCCCAAACGGAGUUUCCCAGCCCAACAUAACUAGAUUUCAGGUGAUUUCCGAGGCUCUGGAUCUUGUGAAGAAGAUGACGCCCUCUACCAACCUGGGCCAGGCAGUCAACUCAUUCUGUGGGCUGUCUAUGGAAGAGCUGAGCAAGAGGUUCCAGAUGAGACCAGACCGUCUUGCUGAUCACUGUUCCGUAUCCAUGUUCAUCUACUAUCUAAGUACAAGGGGAUUCCUGUUUGACUUGGACAGCUCUGGCCAGAUUACAUUUCAGGAGAAGGUUGGUAACAUAUCAGCUGGCUGGGCUCUUGGGUACAUGCUGAAUCUGACCAACACCAUCCCAGAGGAUAAGCCGAGCUCCCUGAAAGCGAUUGAAUAUGGGAUCUGGCCCUUGCUCUUUAUCCUCUUUGUCCUAAUGCUCACUGGCUCUUUCACACGCAUCGCAUACCGAGUGAUGGCUAAGGACAAUGGACAGGACCACAUCUUGGAAGAACUCUGACUGUUGUCCCAGGGCUUGCCAGCUCUCAGAAGAGGGCAAUUACAGGACAGAGAGAAGGAGAGCACACAGAGGAGUGUCUGGCCUAGGAGACGCUGCAGAGCUGUUGCAUAGGUGUCAGAAAAAACCCUUUAGUGUUUAAUUUUUUGUAUCCAACCACUUCUCCAAGAGGCAAACAGCCAGAUGAGGCUUCCAGAGUUCGGUACGGCAUUCAGCCAGUUGGGCCUCCCCACCAAGUCAGACAGGCUGUAAACAUGUCGCUUACACUGAUGCCAUAGAAAGUGCCUAGUAACGAGCCCUGAAUGCUGGGUACAUGCUGGUGGUUGUUUUCUGUGGUGCUGAGAAGGUAGAUCCCAGUGGAAGAGAUUUGGGUUUCAAUCACUCCUACAGGUACUCUGGGGUAUCUCCCUGGCUGUCAAUUACUCUGGAUUUGCACUUUGGUGGCUGAUAGCAGAAUCAGUUGGAAAUCUGGCCUUGUGCUCUUUUGAAACUCUGGCCCACAGAGACCACAAUCAGUAGCUUUUACAGGAAAAAUGGGUUUCCGAACAAGCCUCAAAGCAACACGGCACACUAAUACAACAAUUGUCAUCACAAUGGAGCCAGGACCGUCCUGUCAGUGCUAGAAGGGCAGAGUGAAAAUAUGAUCAGACUGUGAAGAAUUUGUUGUAAAAGGUGCUGUUCCUGCCCAGAAGAGCAGACCCUAUAUCCACUGAUUGGGAAUUGAAUGUCCUUAAAAUUCAGCUGUAAAGUAACUGCCAGUUCACUGUCAUGUUCCACUUAUGAAGGUAGCUUUCUAACCCUGGUAGUAAUUAUCUGAUUGUUUCAGCAUCUUAGUUUUAACAAAGAAAAUAUCCAUGCUUGUUUUCCUGCCAGCCUCACUCUUUCUUGUUAAUGAUCUCUUUUUCUGGCUUUGGUGGUGGUAUGACUUGUAUUGGGGUAGCACCUGGAGGUUCCAAUCAAUAUCAGGGCCUCACUGUGCUAGCACUGUGAAAACACAGAGUCAGCCCAUCCCAAAGUUCUUGCAAUCUAAGUACACAAGAGAGACAAAGGGUGGGAAUGGAAACUGAAGCACAGAAGGUGAAGUGACUUGCCCCAAAUCAUGCAUCCAGUCAGUGGCAGAGCCAAGAAUAGAAGAUCAGGUCUUCCAAUUUCCAGUCCAAUGACCUAUCUAUUAGACCAGGAUUAAAGUUAAGGAGUUAGUUUAUAUUCCAACAUCCACAUUUCUUUUGGAGGGCUACAGUGAUGCCUGAGCACUUCUAGUAUGGUGUGCUACUCCAGCAUUCCUGGAACAUGGGGCUUCUGGGAAUGAUAUCACAUUACUAGCCAAUCAUUGUCUCUGCUGUUUUAUUAACCCUUCGUACAGUGACAGCAAUCCUAGGAAGAGCUGGUGGUUCCCUAGGUCAGUGGUUCUCAACCAGGGGUUCGCAGAGGUCUUCCGGGGAUACAUCAACUCAUCUAGAU